AUGGCUACAAUAGCCGAAGCCCUUACUCGUUUAACUCUCCCUCCUCAAACCACACAAGGCACCCAACAAGCCUCAACCUCAAGUAGUUUGCCUUCCCAACCUCAACCUAAUUCUAAAGGAAGCAUAAAUGCCAUUACUCUUAGAAGUGGUACUAAAUUGGAUAAGAGUGUGGCUAUACCCUCAAAGUUGAGUGAGGAGACAAACAAUGAGGAGGUAGAAGAUGAAGUGGAGGUGAUGAGGAGUAAGAAUGAAACUGUUGACAAAAGUGAGGAAGAACCACCAAAGGUCAAGGAGCCCAAGAGAAAGACCUUGCUUGAAGAGUCUUUGCCCAUUCCAUUCCCAACCUUGGCAAAGAAAGCAAAGAAACAAGAAGAUCUUGACCCCACUGUGGUGAAAGUUUUUGAGAAAGUUGAAGUUACCGUCCCUCUCUUUCAAGCUAUUCAACAAGUGCCGAAAUAUGCCAAGUUCCUCAAGGAUAUCUGCACUCACAAAGACAAGCUUGGCAACCUCAACAACAAGCCGGUAGAGCAUUCUAUCUCUUCUUUACUUCCUGAAAAAUGCAAUGAUCCCAGCCCAUAUUUCGUUACUUGUCCGAUUGGUGGGACCAAGUUCACAGACUGUAUGUGUGAUUUGGGGGCGUGUGUGAGCAUCAUGCCACUCCCCAUCUAUGAAAAACUUAACUUAGCACCCCUAAAGAGAUCUGGGGCGAGAUUUGUGUUAGCCGACAAGAGUAUUGUGUCAAUUAUGGGGAUUGCAGAGAAUGUCAUAGUCAAUAUUCAAGGAUUGCUCUUUCCAGCUGAUUUUCACAUCUUGGAGACACCUCCUAUUGACUCAACCAAGCCAUCAUCAAUACUCCUUGGAAGACCAUUCUUGAAGACGGUCCGUUUCAAGCUAGAUGCACACUCGGGAGUCUAUUCUUUUGAGUCGGAUGAAAAAUUAGUCAAGUUCACCUUGGAGGAGUCCAACAAGCCCAUUCUUGAAGCUUACUCCAUUUUUUGGAGCAACAUAGUUGAAGACAAAGUGAUUGAAGAUGACAAGGAACAAGGAAAGGAGGAUAGUGCAAAAUAG